AUGUCCAUCUUGCCUCCUCCGCAAAUUCAAGGUCACAAGUCUUCUUCUUCUCCUUCAGAUUCGUCUUUAAACCCUAGCUCUGAGCAUGGCAACAACUCUUCUGUCUCUCCUCUUCCCACCUCGAUCUCCUCUUCUGGAAUUGGAUCCCUCAGCCUCGCCGGAGCGUCUGCUGAUUUCUCCGGUGGCUCUACGAAACCGAUUGCUGCAGCUGAGGAGGGACAUAGCCGUGGAUCUUCCAAAGAGAUAACCCAAAUUGGAUCAGGGAAGCAGAGUUUUUCCCCACCUAGUGCAGACAAACGUGACCAUUCUCGUUACGAUGGUCGUAGAAAUAGGUCCAGAGGGAGAGCUACUGGAGCUGCUGCUGGUUCUUCUUCACAAUUGCAGCGCGAUACUACCGGACCUUUUAAUUCUCAUAGAGGAGCGUCACAUCAUAAUCCAACUGGUAGAAGAGCUAAUAUGAUAAGCGGGAACCAUUUACUGAAUUUUCAGUAUGAUCCGAUAUCGCCACCACAAUCUAGGGGAUUUCCCCCACCUCAGAGAAGGCAAAUGUUCAAGAGGAGGCCUUACAACAAGGAUUUGUUUCUUCAGGCCAAUUAUAAGUUUGUUAUGUUGGACACUGGAGAUCAUUCUCCUGAUUCUAUGGAUCCUGAUAAAAUGCUGCAGUGGGAGAAUAUAAUUUGUGUAAGGUAUUCGACUCCGUCUCCUGUGCAGUGCCCAAUUUGCUUGGAGUGUCCUCUAUGUCCGCAGAUAACUUCCUGCGGGCAUAUAUUCUGUUUCCCGUGUGUUCUACAGUACCUGUUGAUAGGUGUGGAUAACCACAAGGCAGAGUGUUUCAAGAGGUGUCCUUUGUGUUUUGUGAUGGUUUCUCCAAAAGAUUUAUACACGGUUUAUAUCGAAAACGUCAAGCAGUACUCUGUUGGAGAUCCCAUUGAGUUUACACUUUUGACACGCAAGAAAGGCUCUUUUGCUCCAACUCGGAAAAAUGAGUUCGACCCGGCUUUUCCCAAUGGUGAAAAUGAAAUACAUGAUCCGUUCUCAAAGUUCACUUUCACUCAAGAUGUUGAUCUCUCGGUCAGACAAGCAGUUUCAGAGUUAGACAGUUGGAUUGCAAGGGCAGAUCCUGGGCUUGUCGAAGACUUGGAGAAGCACCUAUAUGUAAAUGCUGCUUUGGAGCGUUUGGAGCAGAGAAAAGUGUACUGGAAUGAGCACAGGCUCUCUAAUUACAGCAAAUCAAGCACAUUGGCUAGAAAUCAGAUACCGUCAUUCUCACCUCCUGAUGUUUCUCGAGUUGGUUAUCAAGCCUCUAGCUCGGAGAAUGGAGCAACAACUAGCAGCUCCAACGACCAAGAUAAAUCAAUUGAGGAUUCUGCAGUGGAUAAGUCAGAUGAGGAAUCUCAUUCUAGUCUGGAAAAGAGUUGUGAUAAUGGUCACCCUCUAGAAGACCAGGAAGCACCGUCAUCUUCCUCACACAAUGGAAGUAAAGGGCCCCUGUUGCACCAAAAUGACACCAAAGACCUGAAGGACAACGAUGCGUACAACUUUUAUCAGUCCGUUGAUGGGCAGCACAUUAUCCUUCACACUUUGAAUGUGAAAUGCCUUCUGCAUCACUAUGGCAGCUAUGACUUGCUUCCACCAAGAGUGAGUGGUAAGAUACUGGAAAUGGAGACCGUGACCCAGUCAGAAGCGAUAAGGAGACGCUACCGCUUCUUGAGUCAUUUUUCUUUAACAACUACAUUUCAGAUAUGUGAGAUUGAUAUGAGGGAAUCAUUGCCUCCCGUAGCUUUUACUCCAUUUAUGGAUGAAAUCAAGAAGCGUGAGAAGCAGAGGAAAGAACGUGCUAGGAAGGAUCGAAAAGAUAAAAUCAAAGCUGAAGUAGCUGCAGCUGCGGAGCUUGCACCAUUGAUGGCCAGUUUUGGACAGUCCUCUUAUGACGACUUUCCUUCAUUUUCCUUGGAUGAGUUUGAAGCCCUUGGAAACUCUGCCCCAAUAUCAUCAAGCCCUCCAAACAUUGGAGAGAGAAGUUCCUUCUCACACGUGACAAGGCUCGGUUUUGCAGCUGGUCAUGACUCGCCCAACUUGAAUAACGAGGCACCAAAUGUUCAAAGCAGCAGCAGUGAAGUCACAAACGCAACCACAGGUGUAAGAAACACAAACAUAACAUCAUUCGCUAGUGUAACGUCAAGAACACCAAGCGCGCCAAGCACACCAACCACCGUCAAAGAGCCUGGAAAGAGAGGGAAGAAACCGAGCCGAGUGCUUCUAUCGACAACCAGCGUACGCCGCUACUGA